CUCAUCAUCCAAAACUUGAAAUCCUUCCAUCCAUCUGCUCUGUUUUCUCUGAUUCUCCAUCUGCAAGUGCCAGGAAACAAACCAGUGGGAGUCGCCCUUUUAGCUAAAACCGGAAAACAGCGCAAACACCCAACAGACACCGCAGCUCCAAAGCUUCGCUUCCGACCACCUCGGCCGGCACACUGAUUCAACACCACUGGAGAACAAAAACCCACAUCCAUGAUACAUCAAUCAGCAGCCCAUCAGCAGAAAAGGGAGGAUUUUUAAUUGAAUUGAAUUCGAUUCCAUUUUCUUGUAAAUGCAUCAACAGAGAGCUGAGUUCCAGAUCGGGGAAGGAACCAAUCCCAGCACUCCGCCCAGUUUCCCUUCCGGUCGAUUCGCCAACCACCCCGAGUUGCAGAAUCUCCGUGUUCAGAUCGAAAGCUCGAGAAGAUCCCAUUUCGGCAAUGAAAGCCCCUCCUCUGCUGCCCAGAAAGCCGCUUUCUCGACUGCCCACAAGAGGUCUGUGACGUCCCAAUCGCCCGCUCAAUCAUCUUCUCUCAGCUCCUUCCAAUCGGGUUACCCCCACCGGGUUGACUUCUUCUGCUCUAACCCGUCCCCGAAGCUCUGCCUCUGCUCCUGCCGCGCUCGGCUGCUUCUUUUAAUGGUGCCUCUCCUCUACUUCUUCAUGUCCAGCCCUCGCCUCUCUUUCCCCCUGGAGGUCAUCCCAGUGAUAGCUUUCUUGAUAGCGCUGCUGACAUCCCUCAGUUUAGCCCUCCCUCGGUUGCCCUCGAUCCGGCUCUUCCUCGCCCGAUCACUGCCCGCGAAAUUCGCUCCUUCCUCUCCUCCGAAGACCCAGUCUCCUCCUCCCCCGGUGGUCUGGUCAAUUGGGUGCGGGCCCAAGUUACCAAAGUCCCCCAGCUCGGGGUCCUGGGUGCAGGUUUACAGCGAUGGGGACGUCUACGAGGGCGAGUUUCAUGGCGGGAAGUGUUCCGGAAGUGGGGUUUAUCACUAUUACAAGAGUGGGAGGUAUGAGGGGGAUUGGAUUGAUGGGAAGUAUGACGGGUAUGGGAUUGAGACAUGGGCUAAAGGUAGCAAGUAUAGAGGGCAGUAUAGGCAAGGUUUGAGGCACGGAGUCGGGGUUUAUCGGUUCUACACGGGGGAUGUUUAUGCAGGGGAAUGGUCUAACGGGCAGUGCCACGGUUGCGGGGUCCACAACUGCGUGGACGGGAGUACGUAUUGCGGAGAGUUCAAGUGGGGUGUCAAGCACGGGCUCGGGCACUACCAUUUCAGAAAUGGGGACACUUACGCUGGAGAAUAUUUUGCGGACAAGAUGCAUGGUUUUGGAGUAUACCAGUUUGGAAAUGGGCACAGAUAUGAGGGAGCGUGGCAUGAGGGAAGGAGGCAGGGCUUUGGAAUGUACAGUUUCAGAAAUGGAGAGACCCAAUAUGGUCACUGGCAGAAUGGAGUUCUCGAGGUCCCAAGCAAACCAAGUGCUGAUGCCAGUUCACCCUAUGAGUUGAUUCAUUCGAAAGUUCUUAAUGCAGUCCAGGAAGCCCGCCAAGCAGCUGAAAGAGCGCAGAACAUGGCGAAGAUUGAAGAGAGGGUGAAUAAAGCUGUUGGAGCAGCUAAUAAGUCCGCAAACGCAGCAAGAGUUGCAGCAGUUAAAGCUGUUCAGAGCCGGAUGUAUCGUAACAGUACAAGCGAUGAUCUACGAAUACCUGUCGCCUGAUCUUCCUAUGAACCAGCUAGAGCCGAGACCAACCAAAUGAGGAACAGUGCAAAAGUGAGGUUUUUAUUUGCUGCCCUUUGCAGAGUUCCUCAGAAAACCUUUAUUGUUUGUUUACUUCCUCCCAAUGUAUGAGAGGGAGAUGAGAGAGAGUUAAGUCAAUGGGGGUUUCCUGGAACCUUUCUUGGUCAUUUCUUGAUCAUUGGCCAUUUAAGGAGCAGGAUGAGUCCUCACGUAUGUCUGUUAGUUACAUACAUAUCAUAGUUGUCGUGUUUCUUUCCAUUCAAAGCCCAGUGGCUCCAUCACAUGUACAUAUACGAAGAUCAAUUAGUGGAUGAAAUUAAUAGUAUGUUUUUGGUCAGCU